GUGGAUCCGUGGGAUUUUUGCGGUGAUCUUUGCGGAGAUCGCGGAGAUCCAGGAUCCUGGAUGAAUAUUUCAAAAACGUGGAGUGAUCGGCAUUUCGCACCGUUCGUCUGCAAUUAAAGGAUUACAAGAGUGGGUUUACGAUUUAUCACUGAAGGCUGAUGACAGUGCGGAGACGGCGGCAUGUCUGCGCGCCAGCUAGGGGACACCUAGCGCGCCGGACAGCCCCGCUGGUGGACGUCUCCGGCGCCGCUGACGCCUGAACAUGGCCUCGUGGAACACGUUCUCACGCUCUCCGGGCCCUUCGGCGCGGCCGCGGCGCUCGCUGCACCCGGAGGCAGCGCCCGACGAGCAGGACUGGCGCGUGCCGGCCUUCUUCCGACAGGGACGCCACCUGGGAAAGAUCGAGGGCGAGCCCGUGCAGCGCGAGUGCUGGCGUAUGAAGGAGCGGAUGAAGACGGUGAGCGUGGCGCUGGUACUCUGCCUCAACAUCGACGUGGAUCCCCCCGAUGUGCUCAAAACCAGUCCGUGUGCCCGCAUGGAGACCUGGAUUGACCCGCGCACAACGACGAGGGCUCCCCGCGCGAUGGAUCUAAUCGCCGCGAAUUUGCAGGCUCAGUACCAGCGCUGGCAGCCCAAGGCCAGGUACAAGCACUCUCUGGACCCGACCACGGAUGACGUGAAGAAGCUGUGCACCUCCCUGAGGAGGAACGCCAAGGAGGAGCGCAUCCUGUUCCACUACAACGGACACGGCGUGCCGCGGCCCACCAGCAACGGCGAGAUCUGGGUCUUCAACCGGAACUACUCUCAGUACAUCCCGCUGUCGAUCUACGAGCUGCAGACCUGGAUGGGCGCGCCGUCCAUCUACGUCUACGACUGUUCCAGCGCCGGACAAAUCGUCGACUCGUUCAACCUGUUUGCGUCGCAGAGACAGGCGGAGAACCACGCGGCCUCGGAGGGCGGCACGGCGUCCCUGAGCAGCUGCAUCCAGCUGGCGGCCUGCGGUGCCAAGGAGAUCCUGCCGCAGCACCCGGACCUGCCGGCCGACCUCUUCACCUGUUGUCUGACCACGCCCAUCAGGAUGGCGCUGAGGUGGUUUGUGAUCGGCCGGCAGAGCCAGCUGGUGACGGGAGUAACGGUGGACGACCUGGACAAGAUUCCCGGCCAGCUGACCGACCGCAGGACGAUGCUGGGCGAGCUCAACUGGAUCUUCACGGCCAUCACGGACACGAUCGCCUGGAACACGCUGCCGCGCGACGUGUUCCAGCGACUGUUUCGCCAAGAUCUUCUGGUCGCCAGCUUGUUCCGCAACUUCCUGCUUGCCGAGCGGAUUAUGAAGUCCUACGACUGCACCCCGGUGUCGCACCCAUUCCUGCCCAGCACCCACAAGCACGGGAUGUGGGCGUCGUGGGACCUGGCGGUGGACGUGUGCCUGCUCCAACUGCCGGCCAUCAUCCGCGAGAACCGCCAGACCUACAAUCACUCGACCUUCUUCGAGGAGGAGCUCACCGCAUUCCAGGUGUGGCUCAGGUUCGGUGUGGACGUUAAGCAACCGCCAGAGCAGCUGCCUAUCGUCCUUCAGGUGUUGCUUAGUCAGGUCCACCGUGUCAGAGCGCUGGACCUGCUGAGCCGCUUCCUGGACCUGGGCUCCUGGGCGGUGAACCAGGCGCUCUCCGUCGGCAUCUUCCCCUAUGUGCUGAAGCUGCUGCAGGCCUCGGCGCGCGAGCUGCGGCCCCUGCUCGUCAUCAUCUGGGCCAAAAUCAUGGCGCUCGACCCGGCGUGUCAGGUGGACCUGGUCCGUGACAACGGACACCGGUACUUCCUGGACGUACUGGCCGACCCGCACAUGCCGGCAGAACACCGCACCAUGGCGGCGUUCGUGCUGGCUACCAUGGUGCGGGACUACCGAGCGGGCCAGCAGGUGGCGCUGCAGGGCAGUCUGAUCCCCUACUGCGUGGAACAGAUGGACGACCCCAGUCCGCUGCUCAGGAGCUGGCUGGCCAUCACGCUGGGCCACCUGUGGCUGCACAACGACCAGGCGCGCUGGUCGGGCGUCCGAGACAUGGCGCACGACAAACUGCUCGCCCUGCUCGAGGACGAGGUGCCAGAGGUGCGGACGGCGGCCGUGUACGCGCUGGGUACGUUCAUGAACGCGGUGGUGGAGCGCACCGAGCACGCCAAUACUGUGGACCACUCGGUGAUGAUGGCGCUGCUCAAACACUCGGUCGGCGACGGCAGCCCCAUGGUCCGCCGGGAGCUGAUAUCGACGUUCAGCAGUUUCGUGCAGCAGUUCGAGAGCAAGUUCGUCUCCCUGGCCGUGCAGGAGGACGAGCAAGCGGCCGCCCUGCGAGAACAGUCGUACCUAACGGUGACGGGCGCCAGCGGCUCCUCUCGCUCGCCGCAGCCGUUCAAACGGGUCAACUCGGCCAGCUCCCUGAGCGGUAUCAACUCGCCAAACUCCAAACAGCGCACCAGCGUGUCGACGCACAUGAGCCUGUCGUUCGGCAGCGUCUACUGGAAGGUGUGGCACGCGCUGCUGGAGCUCUCUGCCGACCCCGACUACCAGGUGGCCGACAUGGUCCGCAAACUCACACAACAGAUCAUACUGAAGGCGGGCAACCAGGGGAAGCUGAGCUCGUCCACACACGACGUGGGCGGGAUCUCGCCGCAGCGCAGUCCGUCUGAGCCGCGCUCCCCCGGGUGGUCGCCCUUACACCGCCCGGCGUCCCGGUCUUCUGCCGAUACCGCCCGAUCAGAGAACACCCGCAGGGAGAUUCCUCUGAAGACGCGCUUUAUCGAGUGGAUGGACCGGUUCUACGCGCGGCCACUGAAUCUGUUCACCGAGUACAACGACUCGGCAGAGGACGACGACGAGACCUACAACAAGGAGUGCAGGUUCGUGGAGAACGCGCGCGUGCGCGCCGAGGGUGAGCGUGACUGCGGGCGGCUGCACCAGGACAAGCUGGACACGCAGCUGUCGGUGCUGAAGCACGGCGUGCCGCCGGCGCUGAUGAAGUUCAGCCCGUACACCACGCAGCUGGUGGUGGCCGAUAAAAACCGAUUCUGUGUGGUGGACUACACCAAGGGCCAGUCGAUAACGCAGCAUGUCAACCACCUACCGUCGCGGUGCAGUCAGACGCGCAUCUCCGGCCUCGAGUUCAUCAACCCGCACUACCAGACGCUGCUACUGGUCGCGGCCGAUGACGGCUCCGUGAGGGUGUGGUCCGACUAUGCCGAGCCGGGCCUGCGCACUCCGCACUGCGUCACCUCGUGGUCGGUGCUGGACUCUGGCAUCAAGCCGAGCAGCGCUGGCUCGAGCCGCUCCCAGUCGCUGGUCGUCACCUGGGUACAGAGCAGCGGCCGGCUGGUGGCCGGCGAGCACAAGCAGCUGCACGUCUGGGACCUGCAGAGCGAGCGGCGGCUGGCAGAGCUGGCCGUCGGCACCGACUCCACCGUCACCACACUGGCCUCCAACGAUAAUGAGCCGCACCUGGCCGUGGCCGGCUGCGCUAGCGGCGUGGUGGCGCUGUUCGACACGCGCCUCUCGGGCCAGGCGUCGCGCGUGGGUCUGUGGCGCGAGCACCAGUCGUUUGUGGUGACCUCCGAGCUGCGCACCGUCGGUGGGAACACGACCGCCGUCACCGGAGACCAAAAGGGCGAGGUGCGGCUGUGGGACGCCCGCCGUCCGACGUCGGUCCGCUCCUUCGCCACCCUGUCGGACGACGUGAUGACGAUGGCCGUCCACCCCACCGCCGACCUGCUGGCCUGUGGCUCGGCGCACCAGCACAUAUCGCUGUUCACGCUCACAGGAGAGGCGCUCAACUCGAUCCGCUAUCACGACGGCUUCAUGGGUCACCGCAUCGGCCCAGUGUCGUACCUGGCGUUCCACCCGGUGCGCGUGGCGCUGGCCGCCGGCAGCAGCGACUCGCUCGUCUCCGUGUACGGUCUGUCGCGCAGCUGAUUGGCGCGGACCGGGUCCUCGCGCAGCCGCCGGCGCCGCUGAGCGCGCUGCGCAGGGACCUCGGUCCGCCCACACACGGACAGACGCGGCACGGCGCCGGGGCGGCCGUCCGCGGCGCGAGCGACCGCCCGUCGGACCGCAGCCUCUGCGCCCCAGCAGCGGCAGCGGGGGUCUUAGUUUUGCUAUGGUUUUUUGUCGGCUUGUCGGUGCCAACUGCGGCGCGCCGUGGCGAUCUCCGCGUGAGUCGGCCGCCGGGACGGCUCAGCAGUGGCGCGGCGCGGCGGCGCGGUGCCGGUGUUAACUCUACGGACGGGUGACGUCGCCCCGCGGCCAUACGUGAGCUUAUUGUGUCUGUGUGUUUGUGUACAGUGUAUCUACGGACGAGUGAGCGGCGCGGACGCCGGCGGCCCGGCCCGGCCGUCCCCAGUGCCUUGGCGCGGCGCUGCCGACGGCUCACGCAGUGUCUUAUAGCCGGGGAGGCGGCGGCCGGCGCCGGAGCCGGGGUGGCCUGUGAGGCGGCGCGCGGACUGGUUUUGAGACACGUGUACGCACUGAGUGGCGGCGGUCGGCGCGGGACCGUCGGCCUGCUGCCGGCAGAGGGCAGGGCGAGCGGUGGUUUUAUCAUGUCGUGUCACCAGCGGCGACCCUGAUUUGCAAUAUGUGUGUCUGUCUGUCCGUGUCCGUCGUCACCCGGGACACUGCCGAGGUGGUCGGGUCAUUACUCGCCCGUGCUCUGUGACCCGCAGGGACCGGCACUCCGUCAGUCCCUCACUGUGGUGUCCAACUUCUAUUCCAACUGGAUUCUGUCGUAGCAUGUCCUUGUAGCUGGUCGCGUUUCAGGCGGAUCUCUGUCGGUAUAUUCGGCCCUUGUCACGCUGUUCGGCUUUGGCCCCGCGCCUCGUCCCUGGUCGGCUGACCCGCCACGGUGACCAGCGACUGCCGGCGCUAACGGCGUCUCGCUGGUGACCUGUGCCCGGCUGGUGACACCCGGUGACCUGUGCUCGGCUGGUGACACCCGGUGACCUGUGCCCGGCUGGUGACACCGGGUGACCUGUGCCCGGGCUGGUGACACCCGGUGACCCGUGCCCGGCUGGUGACACCCGGUGACCUGUGCUCGGCUGGUGACACCGGGUAGUCUGUGUCCGGGCUGGUGACACGCGGUCCGAGCGACCGGCGGGUCGCCGUGGGACGGACGUAGACUGUGCGCGCGCUGUGCCAUGGAUGUAACGCCAGUCACCUCUGUCGCACCUGCAGCUCUGCGCGCGCCCCGCGCCGCGUCCCGGGCCAGUGUCUAGUGGGGUGUAUUGGUGCACGCAGGCAGCGGCCGGUUUGGGUUUGACCGUGCUCGGUAAAGUAUUGCUGCUGGUGGGGGGGGGGGGGAGGGGCAGCUGUGUAUAACCGUUAUAUCUCGCACGGGUGCGUGGUUUGUAUGAUUUCUGCCGAGUGUGGACGACAGGGGCGUACUCUGGUAGUUGGUGCAGCAAUCGGGCGGCCAGCUGUGUAAUGUCGUGCACGGAGAGAGGACACUCAUACCUAUUGGGGAUCGGGUACUUGGGCUGGAGCGGCAAUGUAUGUAGUAUGCCCGCCCGCGUAUUUAAACGCCAGUGUGCGCUCGAAUGCUUGAUCACGAUCAUGAUUGGUAAUAAAUGAAUACAUGAUUUUUAUUUCUUUUGCGUGAA